AUGCUCGGGAAAUACCGGUGCCCCCAGAAACUUUAUAACACUCUGCUUGGUGGCUCGCGAUGGCGGCAAACCGGCGCCGAGUCUUCGUCGACUUCGAUUCAACCCCUCGAACAUGACCCUUUCGAAGUCGAAUCCGACGGGUUUGAAGUAAGCGAUGUAUUCACAGAACCAGACGAUCAUGGCAUGGUGCUGUAUUACGACCACAAACGAUUUGUCCUUCUCACAAGGACGCCAGGGAGCCGAGAAGACGGCGAUAUUGUGUCCCACUUCUUCCUGAGAGUCGAGAAGGCCGAGAAAGAUCCUGAUGAAAUGGUGUUCGAUCGAUGCCUGGAGGAUUUCUUAGAACUUGUCAUCUCGAUCUGCAAACAUACUAUGCAAGCGUCGCUUGAGGACUUUCUGCACCCAACGACCUUCUACCUCCAAUAUCACAUUGCGAACGGAAAGCUGGACACCGUCGAAAUGGACGACGUUUCCAGGGCCGCCAUCAUGACCGACUGUGUACCCUCGGCGGUGGACUUCGAGCCCGAAACCGUCCCGAUCCUCACUCCAUCAUUUGAAAUAGAGUUUGUCAAAAAUCUACACAUGAGGAAAGUUGUCCAGGUCUCCAAGAAUGGCGAGGUUUCCGUCUUCAAAGUAGCGACUGGCGAUAAGAAAGACCAGCUCAAACGUGAAAUACACAUCCUCCUGCAAAUAUCCGAGACCUGGGAGUUAGAUCACCCCUGUCGCCCCUGUGUCCCACGUUUUUUGGUCUCGUGA